AUGUCAAUUCCACCAGAUAAUAUUUUUGAUAUUGAAGAGGAAGUUGAUAUGGAUAUCAGUGAUAAUGAACUUGAUAACACACUUGACUCAAUUCUAGAUGCAUCAGAUGGAGUUGGUCAAGUGUGGGAGGUUGUUGAUGAUGAUUUAGAAGAAACAUCUGAGGCAGAAAAAGUUAAAACAUAUCAUUUAUCAGUAAAUAAAUAUACAGAAUGGAUUAAAAACCUUAAGAAGAUAGGCUUAAGUUAUAAUAAACAUGAUCAUAAGACUAAAAUAGGUGGAAAAAGAAAAAAUUUGUGGACUGAAAGAUGGUUUUGUCAUCAUUAUAGGGAAUAUGAGAGCAUUGCUGAAAAAAAUCACAAUAAAAAAUCAUGUUUAAUACAGAAAGAAACUAAAAAAUGUGGGUGUAAAAGUUACAUUUCUGUUGUAUGUCCUGUUAACUCAUCAAUGGUUACCUUAAAAUAUUACUAUAAAUAUCACAACCAUUAG